UUGCAGCCGUCCGCUCCGGCCAUCGAGGCUGCCCAUUGACGCCGGCCGGGCUCCGCGGGGCCGCGUCUUCGCUGGCGCGUGACGCUGCGCUCCCGCUAGCCCCGUCGGGGAAUGGGGCCUCCCCCUAGCUUGGGCCGAAUCUCCGGGGUCCCCGAGGUGCCUCGGCCCCACCGUAACCAUCCCCAGAAUGAGGGGCGGUGAGGGGGACGCGGCCGAGCAGGCCCCGCUGAACCCUGAGGUCGAGAGUCCCGCGGGCUCGGCCACGUACCGGGAGUUCGUGCACCGCGGCUACCUGGACCUCAUGGGGGCCAGUCAGCACUCGCUGCGGGCGCUCAGCUGGCGCCGCCUCUACCUCAGCCGGGCCAAGCUCAAGGCCUCCAGCCGCACGUCCGCCCUGCUGUCGGGCUUCGCCAUGGUGGCCAUGGUGGAGGUACAGCUGGAGAACGACCAUGAGUACCCACCAGGCCUGCUGGUGGCCUUCAGUGCCUGCACCACUGUGUUGGUGGCUGUACACCUCUUUGCGCUCAUGGUCUCCACGUGUCUACUGCCCCAUAUUGAAGCUGUGAGCAACAUCCACAACCUCAAUUCUGUCCACCAGUCACCACACCAACGACUUCACCGCUAUGUGGAGCUGGCCUGGGGCUUCUCCACUGCCUUGGGCACAUUUCUCUUCCUGGCUGAAGUUGUCCUGGUGGGCUGGGUCAAAUUUGUGCCCAUUGGGGCCCCCUUAGAUACACCAGCCCCCGUGAUACCUCCGUCCCAGGUGACUGGGACUCUGCCACCAGCGGCUACCUCCCUUGGUCCGGCUCCCAGCCUCCCACCAUCCUCUGCUUCUGUAGCCCCAUCACAGGCUAAGCCUUCGCAGGCUUGCCCACCCCAGCAAGCAUGUGGUGGUGAUGGGACUCACGGGCCAGGCUGGCAAGCUGCGAUGGCUUCCACAGCAAUCAUGGUACCUGUAGGACUUGUGUUUGUGGCUUUUGCUCUGCAUUUCUACCGCUCCCUAGUCACCCACAAGACAGACCGCCACAAGCAGGAGCUAGAAGAGCUGAGCCGCCUGCAGGGGGAGCUGCAGGCUGUGUGAGCCAGCUGUUAGCUUCUGCAGCCAGCACUGCCUCCCUCAGAGGUCGGCUAGAGGCCCCAGGAGCCCGCAGACCUCAUUCCCUAGCCCUGGCUGGAGCCACUUCCUGUGUCCACUCAGGCAGAAACCAGGUUCCUGCCCAUGGGGUCCCACAUUCCCAGAGAUUUUCCCUGCCGGUCUGUCCCAUGUGUUUUGCAAGCUCUACUCUUGGGCUUGGGGACAGUGGCUCUUCCUUAGUCCAAGGAUGCUGGGGUAGAUGGAGGGGAGGCAGGGAACUCCUGAGGGAUCCCAGCUGCUGACCAUCAGCACCUGUCCCUUUACAGGAUGUGGGAGUCAGAUGGUUACAUGCCUGCAAGUUGUCCUCUGAAUUCUGUCAACCUGUUACAGUUGAACAGAUCUUUCACGGUUAGCACUUGGGGGCAAGUUUUUCCCCAUCCCCCAGUUUUGAUGGUCUUACUUCAGUUGUGGAGGGCAUUUGCGUGUUUCUACAACAGUCCCAGGUCCAGCCUUUGCUAGGAAAAAGUCUUCCUGUUUUGGAGAUUUAAGCCAACACCUGCGGUGGCCCCAUGCAGAAGGGGUAAUGUGCACCAGUACCCUAGGCCCACACUUACACAUGUAUGUCACAGUGGGCCCAGGCUGGGAAUGGGGUAGGUCUUUGAAGGUGGAGGACCUGUAUGCAUGGCCUGAUUCUUUAAAAAGGGUUUGGGGAGAAUGUUUUUUUAGAAAAAGGGUCCAGUCCCCAGCCCUUAGAAUGCAGAGAUCUUGUGACACUGAAUUUUUGAUGCACCUUGUUUUGUAUAAUAAAUUGCAUUUCACAGAUGUCGCCGUGGCUGUGAAUGGGGUGGAGGGGAGGCUGUCUGGUAAAGUGAUCUCUUUCCAUGGGGUAGGGAUUGAACCUACGGACUCUGAACUGUACUAUAUCC